AGCCCAUCGGUCUGCACAGCCCGUCCCGUGCGGGUUGGCAGACAGAUAGAGACUUUCAGGACCCUCUGGCCCCUCUGUUGCCCAGCCCUGGCACGUCAGCCCCAGCGCCCGCUGCCGUGCUCCCCCUGCCCACCAAGGCACCGCUGCUCAGCCGCCUGCUGCCCGCAGGGGCAGAGCCGCUGGGUGCCGCCUGCGAGGGGCAGCGGGCAGAGCCAGGGCUGGUGGCCAGCCUGGGCCCCGGCGGUUGCCCGGGCCCUGGUGCUGUGGCCAAAACCCCAGUGACACAGAGCUCUGGGCCUGCAGAGCCGCUGCAGCCAUGUGGAGGAUGAUGAUCACCACCAGCAUGACCACGAAGAAGGUGGUCCUGCUGGGGUGAGCAGGAGCGGUGACGGGCUGUGUGUUCCCAGGGGUCCUUGGGCAGCACAUGAGGGCUCAGCCAUUGAAGUUCCGGCUCAAAUACUAUGGACAGCAGCCCCUACGUCCAACGCCAGGCACUUCGCACUCUGCCCCUGCUCAGAGCUGCAGUGGCAAAUGGCUCCUCCAGAUCCAGGCUGCAGGAACUGCAGAGCCAACUCCGCCAGGCGUGGAGGAGGCGGCGGCCUUCUCUCUGGGGCAAUGGCUGGCUGUGCUGCUGGGGCUCUGCGCAGGACUGAUCCCAGCACCGCCGUGUGCUCUUCCUUGAUUAAACAGUUUAUUGAGUGUCUGAACCUGCAGAUCUCGAGUUACUGCUCUUCUGCCCUUCUGUCUCCAACCAGUGGGUCUUGCUUUGGUCCCCAGUGUCCCCAUGGCACGGAAGAAGAAUAUAAAAAUGGUAUUUGUGCUCAGCAACAGUCGCCCAGGCACGCAGUGUGGUAGGAAAAGUGACCAGAAAUCACUUUGCACUUGGUUUUUCUGGUGAAGCCUUUAAUGCUUCCAACAAGAGCAGAACCCAGAGCUGUGAGGAUCCCUGAAGAACUUGUCCUUGGAGAUGUCCACAAACGUUCUCCCCACCGUGACCUGCCAUUUUUGCCUCUUUAGCCGGCUCCUGUGGAGCUCCUUUGGUGCUGCGUCACUGUGGGGUGGGUUUGCUGGGCUGGGGGAGCCCCAGGUCACACGCCUGUGGCACCGUGUCACAGGGCCCUUUGUGACCCGGCAUGAUAAGGGUGCUGGUGGCACAGCAACCACGUCACUGUGCCCGGAGGACACGACGGGACAGGACAGGAGCGAGAGGAGCUGCCAGGAGCCCCUGUGCAGAGACCUUGUUCCCUGUUGAUCCGUGUCUACCGUAUACGACGCUUUUCCUACACAUCUCGCAUCCCUGCAGCAGGAGCCCUUGAGGCCAGACAGCAGCAGGAUGGCGUGGAGACCCCCAUUCAUACCCAGGGUGGUCUGGCUGAGUGAUAAGAGUGAGGAUGAGGAGGAGAAGGGCGCUGAGGCUGCCCCAACAUCGCAGCGUGAGGAGGUGCAGGAGCACCAGCUGCUGCAGGCAGGUCAGUGGCCGGGCUGGGCCUCAGGGCGAGUGGCUGCAGCCGGCUGGGACCAUCCCCGUGGACAUCCCCAAGGAAAGAGGGGACGAGGGGACAGGGCUGUUCCCCACGCCGGGCUCUGGCCAUGCUCCAUCCACGGGCACUCCCAGCCCCAUCCUGCGGCCAGAGAGACGGGGGUCAGUGUCCCCACCAGCCCCUGUCACGGGUCUUGGCUGUGUUCUCCAGCCUCUCCCACAGCCCCUCAGCUCUGCCCACACUUGGUCUUUGCCAGAUCCCAACUGGGAGCUGCCAGAAGAGAAGAAGCAGGAAUACACCCACGUCCUGCACAACCCCAGAGCAAAGGUGUAUUGGGAAUCCUUCGAGCCCAAAGACCGUGAAGGCUCCACCGUCGUGGUCGCGGAGGCCAUGACAAAAGCACUCACCUACGACGCGGAGGCUGGUGCUGCUCUGCUGGAUAUGCUUGUGGAAAGCGAGAUCUCCACUUUGAAGCAGGUGCCCAGGAUUGUGCGGUGCAUCCACCGGUGGUUCAUGACCAACACGGAGGAGUCAGUUGAGCACAGCCUGGACAACACCCUUGUGGAGCUCACCGACGCGCACCCCCAUGAUGUGGUGGUGGCCCUGCUGCGCUGUGCCCCGUCGUGCGACCGAGCCGCUGCAGCCAUGUGGAGGAUGAUGGUCACCACCAGCAUGACCACAAAGAAGGUGUUCCGGGAGCUGCUCUGCGUGCUGGAGGACUGGCCGCUGCACAGCACGUCCACCUGUGACGGGGACCAACAGGACGUCCUUGCCCUGGCUGCAACCAGGGCUCUGUGGGAGAUCCUCCGGAUGCCCAGGUGCCCAAGAGGGCUGAAGGUGCAUUUCCCUCGCCUCCUCCUGGCUCUGCUCUUCCAAGUUGUGUACAGCACAGAGCAGAUGCCAGACGAGGUGGAUACUUUCUGGAGGGAAUGCCAGGAGGAAGGCGGCCUUCCCACCAGCCCCAGCAGGUUUAUAGUGCUGACUGUGAAAGCACUGCUCUGCCGUCUGGGCUAUAGGCUUGUAGCCUCUGAAGUGGAACGUAAGCGUGGCUGGGACACGCUCCUCCACGCUGAGACCCACCACUGCGCAAUGGGGCUGCUGGCCAGAGAGACCCAUGGUGUCUCAAGACACUUCAGUGCCUCUGUGGCGUCCUACCUGGUCGAGCUGCUCAGCAAGAAAGAGCCCCGCUGUGAGCUCCCUGCCAUGGCGUUCCUUGUGGAGAUCCUGGGCUCCCCUGGCCCAAACGUAAGGGCUGAGAGCUUCCUGCAGCUUGUCCCAAGAUACCUGCAGAGCAACUGCAGCAUAAUGCGUUCCCUGGUGCUCAAAGGCCUCACCGUGAUCUGCGACACACCGUGGAUGGUCCCAAAAAUGCGGUUCCUGGUGCAAAGACUCACGGAUCUACUGCAAGACACAGACAUGGAUAUGGUCAGGAUGACCCUGUCUGUGCUCAGCAAAGUGAUCCAGGGCCCAGGCUUCCGAUUUUCCACCCCCAUCGCACUGCAGCUGGCUCAGAGGCUCCAGCCACUCUUUGACAACGAGUCCUGGUAUGUGCGACAUCUCUCCGUCAGCAUCUUUAAAGAGGUGAUAGAGCGUGUACCAGAUGAUGGAAAAAAGCCGCUGAAGACGCUUGUGCACCAGAGCCUGCUCCCCCUGAUCUUCCACGUGUUUGAUGAGAACAAGGCCGUGGCAGCGACCUGUUGGGGUACCCUUCUGCGAGCUACCCCGUUGCUGAAGAAGGAGAAGCUCAGGCAGGCGGUGGCAAAGGAUCAGCGGAUAGAGGCGAUCGGCGAGUGCCUGCUGGUAGAGUGCCGCAGCAGAGCAGCAGAGUACCUGCGUCAGACCCUGACGUACAUGCAGAGCCCACAGGACUCCAUACGAGAGGCAGCCGUCGCGUUCCUUGCCGUUCAAGGCGCAAUAAACGACAAGGGCCCCUACGUCCAACGCCAGGCAUUUCGCACUCUGCCCCUGCUCAGAGCUGCAGCGGCAAGUGGCUCCUCCAGAUCCAGGCUGCAGCAACUGCAGAGCCAACUCCGCCAGGCGUGGAGGAGGCGGCGGCCUUCUCUCUGGGGCAAUGGCUGGCUGUGCUGCUGCGGCUCCGCACAGGACUGAUCCCAGCACCGCCGUGUGCUCUUCCUUGAUUAAACAGUUUAUUGAGUGUCUGAACCUGCAGAUCUCGAGUUACUGCUCUUCUGCCCUUCUGUCUCCAACCAGUGGGUCUUGCUUUGGUCCCCAGUGUCCCCAGGGCAUGGGAGAAGAAGAGAAAAAGGGUUCUUGUGCUCAGCAACAGUCACCCAGGCAUGCAGUGUGGCAGCAAAAGUGACCAAAACCACUUUGCCCUUUGGCUCAUCUGCUGAAGCCUCUAAUGCUUCCGACAAAGCCCUUGCGCAGAGCCCAGAGUUGUGGGGAUCCCUGAAGAACUUGUCCUGGGAGAUGUCCACAAAUACUCUUCCAGCCGUGACCUGCCAUUUGCUUCUUGCUGACGGGAUAGUUGAGGGGUCCGAGUUGCCUCUUUAACUGGCUCCGGUUUCCUGUUUCCAGGCAAAAUGCUGCCAUUUUUGUCAAAAUCAGUGAUUACAAUUUAUUUUGUUUUUCAGAGGGAGCUGUUACGGCAUUCUCUCCAGAAUUUGAAAUUUAGUUUUGAUCUCCUCUACCUCCUAUGCUCUACACAUUAUGUUUUGUCAAUCUACAGGUUUUUAUCCUUUGUUUCUGCACAAGUGUUUCUCCCAGCUCUAGGAAAUGUCCCAAUGCUC